AUGCAGAAGAAAAAGUACCUCUUCGAGGCUGGUACUCGUGUAUCAUCUUUCUUCCACUCGCGAAUCUACGUGCUCGUGAUCCUUCAUCAACUGGUCGCACUUGGCCAUUCCGGCGGUGGCAGCAAAGCGUCCGAGGGCCGACCUUGUGCGCCGCCUGCGAGCGAGGACAGGACGGCGAUCAACAGCGUCCUCAGAGCCACAAUUAGCAACGCCAAGGAGGCUCCCAGUCCCAAACUCCUCUCCAUCUCCCCCCCAACUCAUGGGCCUCGUGCUACACGGCGGAGAAGGCGCGGAAGUGACGCUGACGGUCGUACUCUGAUUUACACUCUUCAAAUGAAGGAGACGAAGGAUCUGGACGUCGACAUGAGCUGAGCUGAACAGCCAUGUUAUAGAUGGGACUUACGAUAAACCUAUGCGAGCCAUGCAGGUGCUGGAGGUUGUUCUGGCGUUUCACGCGCACGUCGCUCCUUCUUCAAGAGGUGUGAUCCUGGAAAAACCAAUUAUCUUGGCGAUGCCUACGAGGCUCUGCUUAGCGUCUUUGGGAAUCGUCCCUUUACGAGCCACCAGCAUGCUUGGACAGAGCCCCGAUCGCCUUUAGAGCCAUCGGCCUUUCAGAACUUCCGGCCAGCAGACAAGUCUUUGAGCUGGCUGAGAAAAAGACGAUCGUUGAAGAGUACUUCUUAGCUAAAGGAUGAACUCGCAGCUGAACUCCUCCAUCAUCCAUCGGGCGCUGGAUGGGUUACAACGGAACCCCAAAACAGCGUUCAUCAUAAGUGUGCCGCUGCGAUGGUGGUCGAGGAGGAGGUGCAGGAUGCAGGGUCCAAGGAAUCAGCGCUAAGCGAGGCAACUGAUCAGUCCGAACGGGUGAACGGGAGGACGGAGACAGCGGCUGACCCAAUUAUUAAAGGCAAACGCAGUUGCCUCGGUCGCUGUCGUCGUUUUCCCCGCGGCUUAGAGCUCAUCAGCUCGGACUGAUCACUGCUCUCGCUGGGCCACGAUUCCAUGCACUACACUGCUUCCUUCAUUUCCUCCACGUUCGCCUCUUCAGUGGCACCCUUACGAUGAACGCCAUGUUUUGCGGCUCCGAUUUGGCUCAUCCAUGGGCUUCGUUUUAGAUAAUAAAUCUAUCAGAUACAUUAAACUGCACACUCGCAUAUGGAUUGCAGGCGAUGCGAUAUUAUGGUGCCACAUCGACCAGUGAGAGGAGAUCCAAGAUCAUACUUCAUGCACAAUUUGGAACCAACCA